UCAGCACAGAGCGUGGAUGUUUUGGAUUUUGCGAGAGCGCAUUCAUGGUUUUUGCGAGCUCCAACCGGGAUUCUAUCGAAAAAGAGAAGGCAUUUAUCUAAUGUUAUAGAGGCGAUUCAUAUUUCAACUCACUGGAGGAAUUGCAGUGUAAACGGAUCACAUUUCUAACUGGAACAUCCGCUUGCAGAUAUGCCGUUUUCAAGGGGGAAGAAACCAGUUGCAAUCAGCAAGAUUCCCAAAAUCCACUCGAAAGCAACAGAGAAUCAGGAGGUGACUCAGGUCAAAAGGUCUUCCUCUCCACCCAAGGGUGCCCCUAAGAAGAGAACAGCCUUCAUCGACAUAACCAAUGCCUUCUCUCAGUGUCUGUCCGAUACUCAUAUCGAUGAAGAUGAUGAGGUACUCCCACGAGCACACAAGAUCCAGAACAGCAUCCUUGGCAUCAAAAAGAAGGAUGCCACCAAAAAGGCACAGACAAAGCAGUCUUUGUCGGAAAGAAAUCAAGCUAAUUUGAAAAAGAACCACUCUGUGAGUUCCGAGGGUCAUUUAGAGGAGAUAAAGCAAGAAAUAAAACAGGACAUAAAGCCGGAGAUAAAACAGGAGGUAAAGCAGGAGAAGCCGCUGGCUGUGGAACCAGUGACCGAGCCUGCGUCCUGUGAUGUCCCGGUAUCACUGCUCCAGUCUUCAGAGGUAAAAGUUGAGAAAGAAGAACCAGUGGAAGAGGAACUAGUGGAAGAAGAACUUGUGGUAGAGUCCUUUAUCAUAGAAUCAAAACCCGCUCAUCUGCUCCCUCCAGAGGUGCCCCCUGAGUUUGACAUAGACUCUGCAAACCAAGAUGACUGCACGCUGGCACCAGAGUACGCCAAAGAAAUCUUCGACUACCUCAAGAAAAGAGAGGAAAAGUUCAUGCUUGAUGACUACUUGCCUGUGCAGCCAAGCAUUACAGAGAACAUCAGGGCUAUUCUUGUGGACUGGAUGGUGGAGGUGCAGGAGAACUUUGAGCUGAACCACGAGACGCUCUACCUGGCCGUGAAGCUGACGGAUCACUACCUGGCUUGCGCGCCCUGCGGCAGGGACCUGCUGCAGCUGAUUGGCUCCACCGCCAUGCUGAUCGCUGCCAAGUUCGAGGAGCGAUGCCCUCCGUGUGUCGAUGACUUCCUGUACAUCUGUGACGACGCCUACAAGCGUCCUCAGCUCAUCACCAUGGAGGCCAACAUCCUGCAGGCGCUCAACUUCGACAUCAACAUCCCCAUCUCGUACCGCUUUCUCCGCCGCUUCGCCAAGUGUGUGGGGGCUAACAUGGAGACGUUGACGUUGGCACGGUACGUGUGUGAGCUGAGCCUGCAGGAGAUGAGCUUUGUGAGUGUGAGGGGAUCCAUCCUGGCCUGCGCAUGCCUACUCAUCGCCCUGGUGACCAAGGACAUCUGCGGAUGGAGCCCCAUCCUGGUGUUCCACUCCGGGUACAGUGUGGAGGAGGUGGCCCCGGUCGUCAGGCAGCUCCACGCCAUGCUCACGAGCCAGAGCAGCAACAAGCUAGAGGCCGUCCGCAGCAAAUACUCGCACCAAGUGUUCUUUGAGGUUGCAAAAAUGCCACUUGUGAGUCUGGAGAAGCUGGAGCAGUUCUUGCAGUGAUGCGAUGGCUUCCCCAUUCCAGUGCUACAGAAGGACUUGUGGAUCACACCCCAACUUUGUAAAAUAAAUAAAACUCUAUAUUUAUAUUGUAUAUUCAAGCCAUUUUAAAAUAAAAAAGCUUUUUUUUUUUGUAAAUGUCUUGUGCUGAUGUUGAUAUGCAUUUGUUUUUUUUGUGUGCGUUUGAAAAUACUAAGUCCUAGUAAGCUAGUAGGAUGUGAAAAAAAAAAUGUUACGGUGAGUUAUUUUAAAAAGAUAUUAGUAUGAUGGAAAGUCGCUGAAAGUAUUCUAAUAAUUCUCAAAUGGUGGUUUUAAAUAAUAUAAUGUUUACUGUGUUCUGUUUUGUCCUUUUAUAUGUUUAUAUGUACAGUUGAUCAUGUUUAAUGUGAAAGUUGUCCAGUUUGUCAAAUAAACCAGUUUUUUUAUGCAUGUUUUAAAA